AUGAAACCCCCCUCCUCGGAGUCAUCGCCAUCCUCCCGCUUUCCCAUUCAACGCGUCCCUGAUAUUGACGGCGUGGGAUGUACAGGAAACGCAUUAUCGACUGCACCUGUUGCUGGUAAUCCAGCGGCCUCCACGGCCAUGACUACAACUACCCCUUCUGUGGGCAACCCCGCAACCACCUCUGCCGCCCCCGAUCUUCCCUCCCGUCCCAGCACUCUCAACUCUGUCGUCAACUCGACGGCCUCCAAUUACUCGCCCUACGGGGCCUCCCGCUUUGGUGCUACCUCUCCCUAUGGAGGUAUCGGUGGCUAUGGCGCGUACUCGUCGCCGUAUUCCCGUUUUGGUUCCAUGGGCUCCAUGGGCUCCAUGUACGGUGGCUAUGGAGGCUAUGGGGGCAUGUAUGGUGGCAUGGGUGGCAUGGGAGGGAUGUAUGGCGGCAUGCCGGGACAGGAUCCCAAUGACCCAAACAGCUUGACCAAUUCCUUUAGCCAGAGCACUCAGGCCACCUUCCAGAUGAUCGAAAGCAUCGUCGGUGCUUUUGGCGGCUUUGCUCAAAUGCUUGAGAGCACUUAUAUGGCCACUCACAGUUCAUUCUUCGCCAUGGUCUCGGUCGCAGAACAGUUUGGCAAUCUGCGCAAUACCCUCGGCUCGGCUCUGGGCAUCUUCACAAUCAUUCGGUGGUUCCGCACGCUGAUCGCCAAACUCACCGGUCGGCCUCCCCCAGCGGACGCCACAUCCCUUACCCCGGCUGCUUUCGCUGCCUUCAUGGGCGGUCGCUCCGCUCCAGCUACUCUUCCAGAUGGUUCUCCGGCUCCCGCCAAGCCGUCCAAGAAGCCUUUCUUUAUGUUCCUUGUGGCCGUGUUCGGUCUACCGUACCUGAUGGGUAAGCUCAUCAAGGUGAUGGCUCGGUCUCAAGAGGAGGAGGCCCGUCGCCGACAGCAACUGAUCGGUCCCAAUGGCGAGCCUCAGUCUACCUCGCUCGACCCGUCCAAGCUGGACUUUUGCCGUGUCAUCUAUGAUUACUCUCCCGAGACCCAGGAGAGCAAUGGCAUUGACUUGGCUGUGAAGAAGGGCGAUAUCGUCGCUGUUCUCAGCAAGUCCGACCCCAUGGGAAAUGCCUCCGAGUGGUGGCGCUGCCGUGCCCGUGACGGACGCGUCGGCUACCUACCAGGCCCGUACUUGGAGACUAUCCAGCGGCGGCCAGCACAACAGGCCAUCACCUCAGGCAGUGAGCCUGUUACCCGCACAAGCACUAUGAAGGGUGCUGCCAUCCCCGAGCGAACACAGAGUCUAUCUUCCAUCUCGAAGCCUGCGGACGACCAACCACCCGAGCUCAAGGGCAAGAUGGGCGACAUCUCUGCGGAGAGCUUCCAAAAGAGCACAUUCUACUCGUGA